GUUGACUGGGCCGGAAUGUGGGAUUGGUUCCAGACAAUCACAUCAUUGCUGCUUCAUCCUAAAUUCUUUCCUUUUCAUAUUAAAUCACUACACAAAUUCUUACACAUUUUUUAUCUGAAAACCUGAUUAACAACUGUUUUUUGAUCGAAGAUCAGGUGUCUCUGUGUGAUUCCAAACAAUCUUCCGAUCACAUCCAUGGCUAAUUCACCUGAAUCUUCGCGCCACGUACUCUCAGAUUUCCGUGCUCCACCACCGUCUCCAGUUGCCUCAGGCCGUCGAUCUUCCGUCGCCAACGAUGAUAUACUCACUGAGUUUCUCCGCUCGCUUCACGUGCCUGACCUUGUCUUGCCAGAUCGGGCGUUUCCUCGCCAAAAUCCGAAGAUCCAGAACCUACCCAAACUUGAUUUUGGAGCACCAAACGUUUUUGAUUUUUCAAAUGAUCAUUUUGCGGAAGUUAUUAAAGUCAUCGCACAAACAGGCUGUUUUGAACUCGUCAACCAUGGAAUUUCCGAUCGACUUUUGUCUUCCGUGAUCAAUUCUGGAGCCGGAGUGUUCCAGUUGCCACCGGACAAGAAGUCUGCUGUUUCUAGGUCUGCUGAACGGUUAUACGGUUUUGUUGAGUUCCAUGGAGACGAUAAGGAGUUGAACGAAGAGUUCGUCUGGUGUAGAGACGAUUCGUUGAAAACAGAGAUGGAGGAAGUUUGGCCAAUUCAAUAUUCGAAUUUCAGUGAAAAUAUGGAAAACCUCAUGUCUGAGAUCGAAAAGAUAUCCGAAAUUCUACUGAAAUUAUUUAUUGGUUCUGCUACUCCAAAAGUAAGCUUCGGUGAUUUUGAAACGAAAGAGAAAGAAAUCGAUGGAUCUAUAUGUUACAUCUACAAGCAUCAUCAGAAUUCAGAUUCGGUAUCAAAUGACGAUCAGUAUAUGGAGUCAUUGAGAUACGAUGUGAUCAGAAUGCUGAUUCGAGGAUCCGAACACUCACACACACUCUGCUUUCACGUAUGUGAUGGAUCUUCUGAGUUUCAUGUUUACUCCAAGAAAGGCUGGGUUUCGUUUUUACCAGAUAAGAAUGCGUUGGUCAUCACCAUUGGCGACCAAUUGCAGACAUGGAGUGAAGGAAAAUACAAACAUGUUAUAGGGAGGCCAAUCUUCAAAGGGGAACUAGAGAAUUAUAUAUCAAUGGCUUUUUUGUAUAGCCCUCCUCCACCCGUACCUAAAGACAAAAAGGACAAAACGAUAACAUUUGGACACCAACUCUUUUUGGUUUUGAUUUUAAUCCUUCUUUACAAUAUUUUCUCUUAUAUUUCUACUUAAUUAACCAAACAUUCAUAUCAUUGUAAAAGUUUUUUCGUUUGUUAUUAUUUGGCGUCAAGAUAGAGGGAAAUUACAUUGCGUGAGGUAUUUAUUGUCUAAUUAUAAAGGAACAUAUAUGGC